GCCGCCAUUUUAUAGCUAACCUGAGGAAAUGGCAUGCUGUUGUUUACAUUUUUUAUGGUUUCGUUAAGGAUAUACAUCUUUAUUAAACUUGACAGUUAUGCAGUCUAGUUUAGACUCGGAACAGCUGUCCGAUUCAGGCGAUGCAGAGUCUGUAUCCAGCGAACUCGAAAGGUUGGAAGUAGAUGAAUCCAAGGUGGAAUGGCAGAGCCAGAACGAAAGUGGCGAAACUGAACGAGCAUUUGCAAGAAGUAAAUCACAGGAAGAACAUAUUCUUCAGAUCAUUAAUAAAACUGCUUCCUCAGAUUCAACUACCAUCGACCUCGGUAAAAAAGGAAUGCUGCUGAUUCCAGAAGAACUGCUUGAACUAAAAACACUAGAGAAUCUGUACCUUGAAGGAAAUUAUUUAUCCUAUUUACCUGAAGACUUUUUUGAGAAACUACCAAAUCUGAAAUGGUUGGAUUUACGCAGUAAUUACUUGUCAAGAAUACCUUCUAGUCAUCUUGGAAGACAUCAGCACUUGAAGAACUUAUUGUUAGAGGGCAACAGUCUGAAAACACUUCCACUUGAACUAGGCAAUAUUAAAACAUUGCAUGGAUUGAAUAUCUGCAAUAAUCCACUGGAAUUCCCGCCAGCUGAAAUUUUGGAGAAAGGAAGUCAUGAAAUCCUCAAAUUUAUGCAACAGAUAACAGCAGCCAAAUCAGCAAAGUUUUCUAAUGGUGAUUCCUUAAAACUGUCGGGAGACGGGUCUGAAUCGAGUGAUGAUGACGACUGGGAUGGCAGUAUGGGGGAAUACGCGGAAUAUAUGAGGCGACAGCGCUGUCUCUCUCACGAGCUCAGCAGGAAUUCAUCUGACAAUAACAACAACCUUGUUGGUCCAGUUCCUUCGACUGCCGAACUCCAUAGGCCCGUCAGUUACACAGAGAUGAGGCAACAACAUCUUGAUAAACUGAAACGUGCUAAAGCAAGCGGAACAAUGGAGAGCAGGAAGAAGUCUGCAGCGUCGAGUGUGAUGUCAUGGAAGGUGAAUCCGUACCCUGAGCCCCCCGAUCCGGAUUACGUAGACCAACACAUGGCCGAGGAGAGGAGGCUGGCCAGGACGAAGGAGAUGAAACUAAAACAAGAAGCCAUCUUGCAGAAGAGAAGGGAUGAAUCAGUUCUUAAGGAAUGGAGGGAUGAAACCAAGAGACUGAAAGAGAAGAAGUUGUAUGAAAGUUUAAAAAAAGGCACAAAAGAUUUUAUUGACCCUGUGACGAAAGCACCCUUUGGUUACAGUGAUGACCAUUUAAAAAUGCCGACAAAUGAAGAAAGAAUAAAGGAGGGUAUCAAGUCUGCACACGAAAAAGUGCGCCGGCCUGUAUCUCCAGCAACCAGGCGGAAGAUGGAGAUGGAAAAGGCAACUAGAGUGAGAGAACUGGAAGCAAGAAUUAAAACUCACACGGCUCAGAUGGUAGAAAGACGAAAACGACCGAGAGGAAAUCCGCAGCAAGAAAUGGAAGCUGCCCAGAAGGAACUGGCAGUUUUGGAGCUUGUAGCUUACAGUUUAGGAAUAAAGCUCACUUUCAACUUUGGGAAACUAGGCUGCAAGGAAAGCAAAAUAAUGACUUCAACAAGUAUAUUGGUUCGUUAGACUGUGAACCUUUUGGAAAAGGCUGAGGAGCUGCACAAGGAACUGCUGGCGCGACGAGCUGACAUGGAGUAUCGAUUCAGAGCAUUCACUGCGGACUUAUGACCGACACACGUUACCACCCCUUGAAGAAAUGCGUUUGGAGUUGUCUUUCCAUAUCCACAGGGAUUUGAAUAUCUAUAAAACAUAUCAUUACUUGUGUCACUGAUACACAAAAUCAUCACCUUUGUAACUUAAUUUAUUUAUUAUUUCAGCAUUAUAUUAUUUUGCAUUUGAAUUUUAAAUUUUUCUGUUAAUUUAUAAUAGGAUUGUAUAUAGAAGUGGUUUAUUUGUUACUGGGUUUUAUUGAAAUGUGGAAAAGAGAGAGAGGAAGACAGAGAGAGAGCAAGCAAGAGAGGAGAGAGAAAGGUUGAGUGAGAGAGACAGAGCUUUAUAAAUGCUGAAAAGAAAUGUGUUGAACAUCUUGGAAUUGUUAUUUGGACAUUACUAUUUUAAAAAUAUUGCUACAUAAAGAUGAUUGUUUACAGAUUUCACAUCUAAACUUAAUUGCCAUUUUAAAUAUGUCUGUGUGAUUAUCAACACCAUCUAACCUAACAUUGAGUUUUUUCUCGGACAAAAUCUCUAUUGACAAAACCGGUGAUUGAGCAUGUACUUGCAUUUCACAAACAUCUGGUAUCAUAAUAGUUUUGUUGGUGAUUUUAGUGCACACACUGACAGAAUUAUGUCCAAAAAAUAAAUAUUUUCUUGUUACAGAUUUUUUUUUCUUUAAGUUCAUCAAAACUUUGUUAGUUUUGCUUUUUACCUAAAUAUCCACAUUUGACAAAAAUGGGUAUCGUUUAUGAAAUUGGUUUUUUAUAUAUAUUUACCGGUAAGUCAGCUUGCUGAAAAAUGGAAUUAAUGGAAUAUGCCAUUAUUACUGUUGUUUUUCUCAAGGCAAAUACAGUUUUACUUAAAUGGUAUUCUUAAUUAUAGGAAAUUAACAUACCAAAAUAAUUACAAUUUUAAUGUGUAUUCUUAAUUAUAGGAAAUUAACAUACCAAAAUAAUUACAAUUUUAAUGUGUAUAUAUAUAUAUAUAUAUUUUAAAAUUAUUAUCGUUAUCACAAAUACCAAAAGGGAAACACUUCAGGCCAAAUACUGAGUAGUAUCGUAUCAAAUUACUGUAACAAAGUCCUUAGCCAUUUUCUUUGGUGUAUUUUAAAAUGAAUGUGUGUAAUUUAUCAAUGCUUAUUUAUGAUAGUCCAUUUCAUAUGUAUCUGUAUUGGGUUCUUUUUUUCAAUGUCAAACUAUACUUUAUAAUUAUGCUAGUCAGAAUUAUAGACAGUUUUUAUUGUUAGUUCUUUUGUGUCACUUCAUUUUACAAUUUAUUUGUAUUUGAAAUUUGUAUUGUGGUUAUUGCUAUUCUGUAGCUACCUGUAUUUACAAGAUGAGAAUGUUGAUGAUCACCUUGUAGCCUAAUAUAUCCAAGCUUCUAUCUUUCGUAUCUGUUAAGUGAAGUAUGUGGUUUACUGAAUGUUAAUAUUGGCCAUGAUGCCGUUCCAACAUUAUUUUGGGUUUUUCCUAAAAGUGCUACUAUUAUCUCACAGUCGCAUAAUGGUAGCUUUCAGCCGAAAUUAUUUGUUAAUUUUAACUUUUGCUUUAAAAUGUAAAUAUUUUAACUUCAACUAUAUGUUGGUAAAAUAUUUUACAAUAAAAUAGUUUAAUUUAAAUUAGUGGUAGGAAAAAAAACAUAGGAGAAUCAUUGGAAGACAAUUGACAGAACAGGACCCAAUUUCACAAAGCCUAGUUUUGCACAAAUAAAACAGAUGGUACUCGCACCCGAUAUCAUAGAACCAAAUAUUUUUCAAACAUAUAAGGGGAAGUAAAAUAUAUAAUUAGCUUUUGUUUAACAUUAUUACAUAAUCCAGUCAUGUAAACAUGUAACUGUAUUCAUUGUUUUUUUGGGGUAUACUGAUAUAAGUAAUACAUAUUGCAAUACAUACUUCUUGUACCUACACACUCAGUAAUUUCCGUAUUUCAAGUUUGUUGUUAGUCAGGAACCUCGAUCACUUACAUGUAGAUUCCAGCUGGUUUUCUUAACGAUGUUCAUAGAUGUAGAACAAGGAAGGGUCUGACAUUAUUAAAAUAAAGUUUAAUUAGUACACAGAAAUGAUCCAUAUAUUUGAAGUUUUAAAUAAUAAACUUUGACUUGUAUAAUGUAUUUUCUUCAGUUUCUUUAAAGCCUUCCAUAAAAUUGUUGUUAAGGCUGUUGUAAAUAAUAUAUGUAUUCUAUUUAGCGAUACAACAAUUCUUAUAAUACCUAUUCUUUACCACUGAUACCUGUAUAGUUUUCCCCUCAUGUUUGGAAAGCUUAAAUCCCCCAUUUCUAAUUUUAUUUUGUAGCCAAACUUGAUUUUUAUUUAUAUAUAUAUAUAUAUAUAUAUAUAUGACAGUGAUUUGUCAAAGUUAGAAUUAGAAUGUAAUAAGUUAGAUCUUAGGGUUUUUUCAAAAAUAAAAAUAAUUAUUUUGCUCUUUAUUGUCAACAUUAUUUCUAUGGUAUUUAUUCACGCAUUUUUAAAGUUAUUUGGCACCAUUCAGUACUGUACUCAAGUUUAUUACAGUUUUGUUUGGGGAUUUUCUUGUUGAUGGUCACUUUAAACCAAAGAAUCUUAGCAGUAUUGACUUUGUAGAUUGUUAAUUAUCAUAAUUUAGUGUAUAAUUUACAUCUAAUUUUUAUUUUUGAAUAUCAAACAUCCCUCAAAAACAUGUCAUGUCAUGCAUUUUAAAAUAUU